AUGGCGACUGGUGGGGAAACGACGACGACGAUUAAAACGACCGCGCAAGAAACGGACGCUUUACGAGGCAUCGAACGCAUCGGCGCGCACUCGCACAUACGCGGUCUGGGAUUAGACGACGCGUUAGACGCGAAGAAUGUUUCGCAAGGGAUGGUUGGUCAAGAAGACGCGCGUAAAGCGUGCGGCGUUAUUCUGUCCAUGAUUAAAAGCGGGACGAUCGCUGGGAGAGGCGUUCUGUUAGCCGGUCAGCCGGGGACGGGGAAGACGGCGUUAGCGAUGGGGAUCGCGAAGAGCUUGUUAGAUUCAGAUUACGGGGUGAACGGAGAAGGAGCCGGGGGGAGCAGGAAAGCGAGUUUAAGAGGCCAAGAUAAAAGUAGCAACAAUAUAAACGCGGAAAGUAACGAAGAAACGCCGUUCGCGAUGAUGGCGGGAUCGGAGAUUUUUAGCACAGAAAUUUCAAAAACGGAAGCGUUGAGACAGGCGUUUAGGAAAGCGAUUGGGGUGAGGAUACGGGAGGAAACGGAAAUUAUCGAAGGUGAAGUCGUGGAGAUUGAGAUUGACCGACCGACGGCGGGGAACGUCGCGCCGAAAGUUGGAAAGUUGACUUUGAAAACGACCGAUAUGGAGACGGUGUACGAUUUAGGAACGAAGAUGAUCGAAUCGAUCAACAAAGAGAAAGUCACCAGUGGUGACGUGAUCACCAUCGAUAAGAGCACGGGAAGAGUGCAAAAGUUAGGACGUUCGUUCGCGCGAUCGCGCGAUUACGACGCGACUGGACCGACGACAAAGUUUGUUUCCUGCCCGGAAGGCGAGUUGCAAAAACGACAAGAGAUUGUGCACACGGUGACUUUACACGAAAUCGACGUCAUCAAUUCGCACACGCAAGGUUUCAUGGCGUUGUUCUCCGGCGAUACCGGUGAAAUUCGCGACGAAGUGCGAGAACAAAUCGACGAGAAAGUCGCCGAGUGGCGAGAGGAAGGCAAGGCGGAAAUCAUACCGGGCGUUUUGUUCAUCGACGAAGUGCACAUGUUAGACGUGGAAUGCUUUUCGUUUUUGAAUCGAGCGUUGGAAAAUGAUUUAUCUCCCGUGUUAGUCGUGGCUACGAACAGAGGCAUCACGAAAAUCCGAGGCACAAACUACCGAUCCCCUCACGGCAUCCCGAUCGACUUGUUAGAUCGCCUCUUAAUCAUCCAAACGAAACCGUACACGGAAAAAGAGAUGAAAUUAAUAGUCAACAUCCGGUGCGAAGAAGAAGACGUGAACAUGUCCGAAGACGCGAAAGAUUUGCUCACAAAAAUCGGUUCGGAAACCAGUUUACGAUACGCCAUUCAACUCAUCUCCGCGUCCUCUUUGGUCGCCAACAAGCGGAAAUCCGCCAAAGUCGAAACCGACGACGUCUCCAAAGCGUACAACUUAUUCAUCGACGUCAAACGAAGCACGAAGUUCAUGAUGGAAUACAGCUCGCAAUACGUGUACAACGAAGCCAACGAAACGGACAUGGAAACUUAA